CCUCGGCGCUGGCGAGGGCUGCAGGCUGCCUCGGCGCCGGCCCGGCUCUCUAGGACGUGUGGGGCUCCCCCGGCCGGGGGCGGCUCCCUGCUUCCUCGGAGCUGAGCUGCGGGGCCUUUGGAGACUGAAGACAGACCACUGCUUUCCAGAAACAAUGGGUGUCGCUGGACCCAGCUGGGACUCCGCCAGGCUCCGGCGCUCAGUCUGAGUGAAGGGCCUUCCCCAGCCCUGCUCCCCCUGCCUGUCAUGGCCACGCUUGGCUGCUGUCUGCUUGUCUGGGGACAGAGGGCGUCCAGCCCCAGCCCUGGGGGGUUAAGCCAGGCCCUCUGGCUCCAUUCCACAGGGGAACUCCGGGCACCAGCCGCCUUUCAAAGAAAGAGCAACUGAUGCCAUGGGAGAGCCCCUAUGCACCUGUCCAUUCGCCUGGCACUGUCUGCUCUGAGACCCAGGCAUUAGGUCCCGCUGGAGGUGCCAACCCUGCACACCCCUCCCUGUCCCCCGACGCUGAGGAGGCCCUGCCCACUUCCGCCAUGUGUGAAGUGAUGCCCACAAUCAAUGAGGGGGACCCCCUGGGGCCCCCCCAUGGCGCCGAUGCUGACGCCAACUUUGAGCAGCUGAUGGUGAACAUGCUGGACGAGCGGGAGAAGUUGCUGGAGUCUCUUCGGGAGAGUCAAGAGACCUUGGCGGCCACACAGAGCCGCCUUCAGGAUACCCUGCAUGAGCGGGACCAGCUCCAGCGCCACCUUAACUCUGCCCUCCCUCAGGAAUUUGCCACCUUAACUCGGGAGCUGAGCAUGUGCCGGGAGCAGCUUCUAGAGCGGGAAGAAGAGAUAGCAGAGCUGAAAGCAGAGCGGAAUAACACAAGGCUGCUUCUGGAACAUCUGGAGUGCCUGGUGUCCCGCCACGAGCGGUCGCUGCGGGUGACCGUGGUGAAGCGCCAGGCCCAGUCACCUUCAGGGGUUUCCAGUGAGGUGGAGGUGCUGAAGGCCCUUAAGUCGCUGUUUGAGCACCACAAGGCUCUGGAUGAGAAGGUGCGAGAGCGGCUCCGGGCGGCCCUGGAGCGAGUCACCACCUUGGAAGAGCAACUGGCAGGUGCCCACCAGCAGGUGUCUGCCCUGCAGCAGGGGGCAGGGGUUCAGGAUGGAGUGGCCCAAGAGGAAGGGACUGUGGAGCUGGGAUCAAAAACCCUGUGGAAGGAUGACGUGGCCCAGAUGGAGGAGUUGCGGGAGCUCCUGGAGAAGCAGAACUUUGAGUUAAGCCAGGCCCGGGAACGAAUGGUCACCCUGACAGCCACUGUGGCUGAACUUGAGGAGGACCUGGGCACAGCCCGCCGGGACCUCAUCAGGUCAGAGGAGCUGAGCAGCAGGCAUCAGCGGGACCUCCGGGAGGCUGUGGCUCAGAAGGACGACAUGGAGGAGCGAAUCACCACCCUGGAGAAACGUUACCUGGCUGCUCAGCGUGAGGCCACCUCCAUCCAUGACCUCAACGACAAGCUGGAGAAUGAGCUGGCCAAUAAGGAGUCCCUGCACCGCCAGUGUGAAGAGAAGGCCCGGCACCUCCAGGAGCUCCUGGAGGUGGCAGAGCAGAAGCUGCAGCAGACGAUGCGCAAGGCUGAGACGCUGCCGGAGGUGGAGGCCGAGCUGGCCCAGAGGAUUGCGGCCCUCACCAAGGCUGAAGAACGGCAUGGCAACAUUGAGGAGCAUCUGCGGCAGCUGGAGGGGCAGCUGGAGGAGAAGAACCAGGAGCUGGCGAGGGUGCGCCAGCGGGAGAAGAUGAACGAGGACCACAACAAGCGGCUGUCAGACACCGUGGACCGGCUGCUCAGCGAGUCCAACGAGCGCCUGCAGCUCCACCUCAAGGAGCGCAUGGCGGCCCUGGAGGAGAAGAACACGCUGAUGCAGGAGCUAGAGAGCUCCCAGCGGCAGAUCGAGGAGCAGCACCGCCACAAGGGCCGCCUGUCUGAAGAGAUUGAGAAGCUGCGCCAAGAGGUGGACCAGCUGAAGGGUCGAGGGGGGCUGUUUGUGGACGGCAUCCACUCCAGGUCACCACAUGUGGGCAGUGCAGCUGAUGUGCGGUUUUCCCUGAGUGCAGCCACCCACGCACCCCCCGGUCUGCAGCGCCGGUAUUCAGCGCUGCGGGAAGAGUCGGCCAAGGACUGGGAGCCAUCUCCACUGCCUGGGGUGCUGGCUGCCACAGCUGCCCCUGCCUUUGACAGUGACCCUGAGAUCUCUGACGUGGAUGAGGAUGAGCCAGGGGGUCUGGUGGGCUCUGUGGAUGUUGUCUCCCCCAGUGGCCACUCAGACGCCCAGACCCUGGCCAUGAUGCUGCAGGAGCAGCUGGAUGCCAUCAACGAGGAGAUCAGGAUGAUCCAGGAAGAGAAAGAGUCCACGGAGCUCCGCGCUGAGGAGCUUGAGACACGAGUGACCAGUGGCAGCAUGGAGGCCCUAAACCUGGCCCAGCUGCGCAAGCGUGGUUCCAUCCCCACCUCUCUGACUGCCCUGUCCCUGGCCAGCGCGUCCCCUCCACUCAGCGGCCGCUCCACACCCAAGCUCACCUCCCGCAGUGCUGCCCAGGACCUCAACCGAAUGGGGGUCAUGACUCUGCCCAGUGACUUGAGAAAGCACAGGCGGAAGCUGCUGUCGCCAGUGUCUCGGGAAGAGAACCGAGAGGAUAAAGCCACCAUACAAUGUGAGACUUCUCCUCCUUCCUCACCCAGGACGCUGCGGCUAGAGAAGCUUGGCCACCCAGCCCUGAGCCAGGAGGAAGGCAAGAGUGUUUUGGAGGACCCAGGCAGCACCCCCAGCAGCAGUAACAGCAGCCAGGACUCCUUGCACAAGGGCGCCAAGCGCAGGGGCAUCAAGUCGGCCGUCGGCCGCCUGUUCGGGAAGAAGGAGAAGGGCAGGCUGGUGCCGCUGAGCCGGGACGGAGCCACGGGCCACGUUUUGCUAACAGACUCCGAGCUCGGUCUGCAGGAGCCCAUGGUGCCUGCCAAGCUGGGGACACAGGCAGAGAAGGACCGGCGGCUGAAGAAGAAACACCAGCUGCUUGAAGAUGCCCGCAGAAAAGGAAUGCCCUUUGCUCAGUGGGAUGGCCCUACUGUGGUAUCCUGGCUGGAGCUCUGGGUGGGGAUGCCUGCCUGGUACGUGGCAGCCUGCCGGGCCAACGUCAAGAGUGGUGCCAUCAUGUCAGCCCUGUCGGACACAGAGAUCCAGCGGGAGAUUGGCAUCAGCAAUGCCCUGCACCGCCUCAAGCUCCGGCUGGCCAUCCAGGAGAUGGUGUCGCUGACCAGCCCCUCUGCCCCGCCCACUUCCAGGACUUCUUCCGGGAAUGUCUGGGUCACCCAUGAGGAGAUGGAAACUCUGGCAACAUCCACUAAAACAGACAGCGAAGAGGGCAGCUGGGCUCAGACCCUGGCCUAUGGCGACAUGAACCACGAGUGGAUUGGGAAUGAGUGGCUGCCCAGCCUGGGGCUUCCCCAGUACCGCAGCUACUUCAUGGAGUGCCUGGUAGAUGCUCGCAUGCUGGACCACCUCACCAAGAAGGACCUGCGGGUACACCUUAAGAUGGUGGACAGCUUCCACCGAAGCAGUCUUCAGUAUGGCAUCAUGUGUCUGAAGAGGCUGAAUUAUGACCGGAAGGAGCUGGAAAGGAGGCGUGAGGAAAGCCAGCACGAGAUGAAGGAUGUGCUGGUCUGGACCAAUGACCAGGUGGUUCACUGGGUCCAGUCUAUUGGGCUUCGGGACUAUGCGGGGAACCUGCAUGAGAGUGGCGUGCAUGGUGCCCUGCUGGCUCUGGAUGAGAACUUUGACCACAACACUCUGGCCCUGGUCCUCCAGGUCCCCACGCAGAACACCCAGGCACGCCAGGUGAUGGAGAGAGAGUUCAACAACCUGUUGGCUUUGGGCACCGACCGGAAGCUGGAGGAUGGGGAGGACAAGGUGUUCCGCCGCGCGCCCUCCUGGAGGAAGCGCUUUCGGCCGCGGGACCCCCACGGCGGCGGCAUGCUCAGCGCCUCGGCCGAGACGCUCCCGGCGGGCUUCCGCGUGGCCACCCUGGGGCCCCUGCAGCCUCCGGCGGCCCCGUCCAAGAAGAUCCUGCCUGAAGCUCACUCCCACUAUCUGUACGGACACAUGCUCUCCGCCUUCCGGGACUAGCCACGGCCCCAGACAUGGCCCCCAGCGCGGGCCGCCGCCUCCUGGGUUUCAGCAGCUGGCCGGCCCUGACUCCUCCUGCCCGUUCCCCCGCCUCUCACGGCUCCUGGUCGCAUCCGUGACUUCCCAGUUGCCCUGGACCUCGGAAUAUACUCGUACACCCCCUCAGCAUCCCACUACCCUGGGGUCCCACCCUGUGCCCUUUGUCAGUCUCUUGUGGGUGUGGCUGGGUCUCCCUGUGUUGUGGAGGCACCUGGUUUGCCUUUGCUUGGGACUCUGGGAGGGAGGGAGAGGAUGGCAGCCCAGGGUGGGUGUGACUCCACCCUCCCUCUUCUGGGCCCAGCCUGGCCUGGCAGGACUGCCACUGCCACCAGAGACCAGGACACCACAAGGGCUGGGGAUAGUUCUUCCAAGAAAAGGGCACUAAAGACUUUGCCCCGUCUGGGUACUUCUCCUUUGGAUCCCUACCCACGUCCCAGCAUUGCCCUUCCCUCAGCUCCUCUGUCCAACUGUGCCUCCUGCCUCCAGGCCCUCCUUGGGGGCCAGGAGGGCUGCAGAAGGCCCAUUGUCCUUCAGGAUGGCGAGGCUGGGGAGGAGGAAGGCUAAGGGGGAGAUGCCCGGCCCUUGCUUCAUCUCAGGAAUCCCAAGUGUGAGUUUGGGAAGAAUCUGAGAGAAAUGAGCCUCUGAGCUUUGGGCCAAGCAUAAGGAUGUUUCAUGAAACUCUCAGCCCUCCCACCCAGUGAGAGGUGCAGGCAGGCUGGCUGGAGGGCGAGCCAGUGGCCUGUGCCAGCCUUAAGCCCAGAGGACAGUGGGAAUGCCUUCUGCCCCAGCUGCAGGGUAGAGCUGCUGCUGGGCUGGGGGACUGUGUUGCUCUUGCUCUGGCGCAGAACAGAGCUAACCUUGCACUGCCGGGGAUGCUCCCAGCAUCCUUCCUGUGCUGUCCCCACCUGCCCCGCCGCUUUAGGAAUCCAGCCCAUAGGUGAACCUGAUGGGUGGGUUGAAUAUACCUUGACUUUCAAAUCAGCUUUGGAAAAGAGGUAGUCCGAGGCUUCUUCGGCUGUGUCCUGGGGAGAAAUACAUCUUCCUCUUCAGGGAGUCAUGUCCCAGAUGCAGGAAAUCCAAUGUUAGUGAAGAUCCUCAUUCUCCUGCUUAUCCCCAAAUUGCCCGCGUCUUGUUCGGGUUCUUUUAGUGUGUGGGGAUUGCCUCCUCCAGAAAUUCCUGAGACAUGCCAGCCUUCACCACUUUGUGUUUCCCAGCAGCAUGGUGGGGUAUCACCACUUUGUGUUUCCCAGCAGCAUGGUGGGGUACAGGUCCUGGUUUGGUAGGAAUGUCAUUCCGUCCUCUUCUCACACCUCCUCAUUCUGCCAAGGUGCCUGGAAGUGUUUGGGACCCAAGUUCAGAGGGAAUUGACAGAACCCAGGGCUUCCUCCAAGUGAGAGGAUAGGAAGUGUCUGGACAUGCUUCCUGGAGAGAGGCUGGCAUGGUGCCCUCCUACAGGUGGCCAAGCAGCUGGCUUGCAACCCAACCGAUUGGCUUCUGGUGGGGGCUGGGCUAGCAGGUGGGAUAAUGGGUCAGAGCAGCCUGUCCAGGAGCAGUGGUGGAGCCCAGGCAGUGCAGCAACCAGAGCCUCUGCUGCUCCUCAGCAGAGGAGGGUCCCCUGGUGGGGGGCUGUGUGAGCUCCCCAGGUGUGGGUAAGGCAGCCGCCUACGCUGGCUCUCUCUCAUUGUACCCUGCCUUCCAUGUCUGUCAGGGUGGAGCAGAAAGUGUUCUUAAGCAGAGAGGGAACUGCAUGGAGAGGAAGAGCCCCUGUCUCUGUGUAACGGGUGUCAAGAUUAUACAGACUCUUCAGAUCCCUAAGAUGGGUGGAGUUGGGAUGACAAAGUCAUUUGAAUUCUUCAGGGGGCUCUUGAUGGACUAGCUGAGUGGGAGAUUCAACCCUGCCCCCUUCUGCACAACUUUUCCCCAUCAUGGUUGGUCAUUUCAUAAGGUGGCAGCUGGUGGGACCAGGGCCGUUCAGGGCACCUGAGGGAGCAUGCGCGCAGGUGACGGAGAAGCGAAGCCCGCGCAUAGAGCGGUGGAGGGCUGUAGUUUUGGUGUAACCCCUUGCCUCACAGUCAAUAUAUUUUUUAUCGGAGUCACCAAUGAGCUGAGCCCCUCCCCAGCCUCCUGUACGUCCUCAGGCCCCUUCUCCGUACCGUCCCGGCGCAGUGCAUCAGGAGUGGGUGUGUGGGUGUGUGUGAGUGUGCGUGUGGUGCAUAUGUGCCAAUAAACAGUCUGGUUUUCAGGCAACGUA